UACGUAUGUAUCUACAUGCAAUAUGUAUCGCGGUUCCUUGUCAUUCAUAGUGAAUCAUACUGUGGACAGAGUCAGACGCUCAAAACAGUCUAUAAGUAUACAUUUCUUGGUGUUGUGUUAUUGUUUUGUUACGCAGUCCGUGUCUGUUGGUACGAUGAUAAUAAUACUGAUAUGGGUGGCAGUACUGAUUGCUGUGGUAGUGCUGUAUCUCCGUCAGCUCUACUCCACAUUCAGCAGACAUGGCGUCAAGCACUUCAAGCCAUUUCCACUGCUGGGCAAUAUGAACAAGAUCAUCUUUCGUAUGAAACAUAUGGCAUUUGAUCUACAAGAUUUAUACAACGCUUAUCCUGAGGAAAAGUUUGUAGGAAGGUUUGAGUUCAUGAACGAGGCAGUGCUGAUCAGAGAUCUGGAGCUGGUGAAGAAAGUUUGUGUCAAAGACUUUGAGUACUUCGUUGAUCACCGCAGCUUUGGAGAUGACUCGUUUUUCGGAAGAACUUUGUUUUUACUAAGAGGCCAAGAAUGGAAGGACAUGCGCUCCACGCUGAGUCCAGCGUUCACAAGCUCCAAGAUACGUCUGAUGGUACCUUUCAUGGUGGAGGUCGGAGACCAGAUGAUUGUUUCACUUAAGAAGAAGAUUGCGGAAUCAAAAGGCGGCUACAUAGAUAUUGACUGCAAGGACCUCACGACCCGCUACGCUAACGAUGUAAUAGCCUCGUGCGCUUUUGGCCUGAAAGUGGACUCACAGACUGAACAGAAUAAUGAAUUCUACGUAAUGGGCAAGGCGGCAACUAACUUCAAUUUUCUUCAAAUAUUAAAGUUCUUCCUCAUCCUGAAUAUUCCCAGAGUCACGAAGAUGUUUAAAUUGGACUUAGUAACAAAGUCCGUGCAGAAGUUCUUUACGAAUUUGGUUCUGGAUACGAUGAAGGAACGAGAAAUGAGAAACAUCGUCAGACCUGACAUGAUUCAUUUACUUAUCGAGGCUAAAAAAGGUAAAUUGUCUCACGACGAUGUCAAAUCUAAUGAUGAUGCAACUGGAUUUGCAACAGUUGAAGAAUCUUCAGUUGGAUUGAGGAAUGUCAUAAAUCGAGAAUGGAGCGAUAAUGAUUUGGUUGCUCAAGCAUUCCUGUUCUUUGUGGCUGGUUUUGAAUCAGUUUCAUCAAGUGUGUGCUUCUUAUUAUACGAGUUGGCUAUAAAUCCUGAUGUACAGGAGCGCUUGGCACAGGAGAUCAGGGAGUAUGAUGCUAAGAAUGGCGGCAAGUUUGACUUCAACUCUAUACAGAGCAUGAAGUAUAUGGACAUGGUUGUGUCUGGUAAGACUAGAAGCAUACGAGCAGAAGAAGUAAUAAUAAUUAGCAAUUAUAUUCAAAUGGUCACAUUAUUUUUAGAAUUAUUGAGACGAUGGCCAACGGCUGUAGCCACAGAUAGAAUUUGCCAGAAGGAUUACAACAUUGGUAAACCAAAUGCGACGGCUGAGAAGGAUUUCAUUGUACGUAAAGGAACUGCCAUCAUGAUCGCAGCCUUUGCUUUCCAUCACGACCCUCAGUACUUCCCGGAGCCGGAAAAGUUCGACCCAGAACGUUUUUCUGAUGAAAAUAAACACAAGAUCAAUCCGACUGCAUACAUGCCUUUUGGUGUUGGUCCUAGAAACUGCAUAGGGUCAAGGUUUGCUCUCUGCGAGAUGAAGGUGAUCACCUACCAGAUUCUAAGACACUUCGAGCUCUCUCCCUGUGAGAAGACUUGCAUCCCUCCCAGGCUUGCUACCGACAACAUAAACUUAAGGUUACAGGGAGGACACUGGCUCAGGUUUAAACUUAGGAAAUAGUUUUUUUUUUGCGGGGAAAAUCAUUCAAUGACUUCUCCCGCCUUGGGUGACGCAAGAGGGAGUAUCAGACUCUUACUGACUAAAACCACCUUACGGAAAUAUAAUCUGUCGUAAUAAAAUCAAUCUGCAAAAAUGUUCUGCUUUUUUAUUAGUUUCAAGAAUAAAAGUAAUCAAAGUAAGUAAGUCAUCAAUUAACGUGUGUGUAUGUAAGCUAAUAUUAUCACAUAUUUUGUACAAUUAUUAAAGUAUUGUUUUUCUUAA